AUGAAAGCUCUCUUGUGCUCACACCACUUACUCCCAUUAUCAUCAUCUUGCUCAAGAACAUUUCUCAAAACCAAACUCCAAAACCCAAAAACUCGAAUCCCUAACAACACACGUAGACAUGAAUCAAGGCUCCAAGCGAGUCCUAAGGGGUUUCAAUCUUCUAAAAGCACUGAAAAACCCGGCCGACCAGACCCGGACCCGGAAGAUGACCCGCCGAUACCUCAAGAAGUGUUCGAGAGGAUGAUGGGGAGGAUCGUGGUAUCUGUUGGGACACCACUGGGACUAGGAGUGGCAAUCUUGAAAUUACUCGAGUUUUUGAAGGAUAAAAACGUCUGGGAUGUGCCAUUGUGGGUCCCGUUCUUGACCACGCUCGUGACCUUUGGUGCGUCGGCUCUUGGGAUCGCGUACGGUAGCUUAUCCACAAACCUGGACCCGACCAAGACUAACUCUGUUUUCGGACUUGAAGAGGCAAAGGAGAACUGGGUUGAGAUGUGGAAAGAAGAGUAG